GUCGUUAUAGCCUUCAACCUAUAGAUGGAGUCUGACCUGCUGACAUAAUGGUGUCGCGUCUGGCUUGCGCGUCGAUUAACCUGUUCUACUAACCCACCAUGGACCACUUUCCAACUAACUGGGGUCGUCCAAGAAACGACGCAUUUGAUGCAUAUGCCACGUACCCCAUUCACCAGCGACCAUAUAAUGGUCCAAAGGAUUCUUUCGCUGAUGGCGUACAGCGAACGCAACAGCCAAUUGUAACUGGAACGAGCGUGCUAGCGAUCAAAUACAAGGAUGGUGUCAUGAUGGCUGCUGACAACCUCGCAUCAUACGGGUCCCUCGCUCGAUUCAAGGAUGUGCAGCGUUUACACCAAGUCGGUAAUUAUACUGUCAUCGGUGCGGGAGGCGAUAUGUCGGACUUCCAGUACAUCCAGUAUAUCCUUGAGGAACUAUCCAUCGAUGAGAUAUCAGCACAAGAUGGACACGAACUCGGUCCUGUGGAGAUCCAUGAGUACAUGUCGCAACUCAUGUACGCGCGUCGGUCCAAGAUGGAUCCGCUCUGGAAUUCUCUGCUUAUUGGUGGUUUUAAGGACGGCAAGAGGUUUUUAUCGUACGUUGACCUGUUGGGUACGACAUAUUCUGCCUCGACACUUGCUACUGGGUACGGCGCUUUCAUUGCCCAACCACUGUUGCGUAAGGCCGUCGAAGGGAGGGAGGACGUCAUUACUGAAGAAGAAGCACGAAAGAUCCUAGAGGAUAGCCUGCGCGUGCUAUUCUACAGAGAUGCCCGAAGUUUGAAUAAGUUCCAAAUUGCUGCAAUUUCUAGCACAGGCGUAUCCAUCAGUGAUUCGAUGCAACUCGAGACUGCAUGGUCAUUCGCAGAGAACAUCAGGGGUUACGGGGCCCAGACACAGUAGCUUGUAUCCGUCUAUUCCUAAGUCUAAUCCACUAUCCUUCUAAAUAUAUGCGACGUGUAAAGUCCUGCAGCGCCAACUGAGGUUGCGCUGUUGCCUCU